AUGGGAUCCAAACAUUCCAAAUAUCCUAAAUUAAUACAUAAGAUUAACAAAGCUAGUGAUGACAAAAGAAAUAAUGCUGAAUGCCCUCAAUUAUCUAAACAAGAUGACCUAUACAUAGAUAGAAUGCAAGUAUUUCAUCACGUCAUGAGAUGUGUUUGCAAUGGGAACUUUGAAGUUCCAUUAAAUGAACAAUUGAAAGAAGGUGGUGUUGUAGUAUUAGAUUUCUGGUGGAUGGCCUCCGAUUUUCAAAAUUCGACCUUUGUAGGAAUAGAAAAGGUCUCAAUAUACCCUGAACAUAAACCAAAAAAUGUUAGGAUAGUUCAAGCAGAUGUUUUAGAAACAUUUCCGUUCCCAGCAUUCAGUGAUACACAAUGGAGAAAUCAUUUGAUUAAAGAAUUUGUAAGAGUUCUUAAGCCUGGUGGUUACCUAGAGUGUAUUGAUGGUGAUAUGGUACCAGAUCAUUCCGGUGUUAUUGUAGAACAAUUGCAUGAUGCUAUUGAAAAGACAUUAAUCCAGGCCGGUCGGAAUCCUUCCCUUACUCAAAAUUUUCAUGAAGUUAUAGAACCCCAACCGCAAAUGAGUAAGGUCGCUCAAACUGAAUUCUUCAUGCCUAUAGGACCGUGGGGAGGCAAAAUAGGUGAACUUGGUCUGUCUAUAAUGCUGCAUAUGAUGUCAGGGUUAAAAAAAGGAAUAAUGCAUUACAUGAAACUUAAUGAAAAAAGCUUGGAGCAACUUUGGGCUGACUAUAAAACUGAAGUUAACACGCAUCAUACAAGAUGGAAAAUCAUUAGAUAUAUUUAUCAGAAAAAUUAA